AUGGGCGAGACCAAGAUCAUUUACCACCUAGACGGGCAGGAGACGCCGUACCUGGUGAAGCUGCCCCUGCCCGCUGAGCGCGUCACCCUGGCGGACUUUAAGGGCGUUCUGCAGCGACCCAGCUAUAAGUUUUUCUUCAAGUCUAUGGACGACGAUUUCGGAGUGGUGAAGGAAGAGAUCUCGGAUGACAAUGCCAAGCUACCCUGCUUCAACGGCCGGGUGGUAUCCUGGCUGGUGUCAGCUGAGGGCUCACACCCAGAGCCAGCUCCUUUCUGUACUGACAACCCAUCAGAGCUGCCACCUCCCAUGGAGCGCAUAGGAGGCAUUGGGGACUCCCGGCCUCCAUCCUUCCACCCUCAUGCCAGUGGGGGCAGCCAGGAGAACCUGGACAAUGACACAGAGACAGACUCCUUGGUUUCUGCCCAGCGAGAGCGACCACGCCGGAGGGAUGGCCCAGAGCACACAACCCGAAUAAAUGGAACUACUAAGGGGGAACGUCGGCGAGAACCAGGGGGAUAUGAUAGCUCAUCUACCCUUAUGAGCAGCGAGUUGGAGACCACCAGCUUCUUUGACUCAGAUGAAGAUGACUCCACCAGCAGGUUCAGCAGCUCCACGGAGCAGAGCAGUGCCUCACGCCUGAUGAGAAGACAUAAGCGGCGGCGGCGGAAGCAGAAGGUUUCGCGGAUCGAACGGUCCUCGUCCUUCAGCAGCAUCACGGACUCUACCAUGUCACUCAACAUCAUCACAGUCACUCUCAAUAUGGAAAAGUAUAACUUCUUGGGCAUAUCCAUUGUGGGCCAAAGCAACGAGCGUGGUGAUGGAGGCAUCUACAUUGGCUCCAUCAUGAAGGGUGGGGCUGUGGCUGCUGACGGACGCAUUGAGCCAGGAGAUAUGCUGUUACAGGUAAACGAGAUCAACUUUGAGAAUAUGAGUAACGACGAUGCAGUCCGGGUAUUGCGAGAGAUUGUGCACAAACCGGGGCCCAUCACCCUGACUGUAGCCAAGUGCUGGGACCCAAGCCCACGUGGUUGCUUCACACUGCCCAGGAGUGAGCCCAUCCGGCCCAUUGACCCUGCAGCCUGGGUUUCCCACACUGCAGCCAUGACCGGCACCUUCCCUGCCUAUGGCAUGAGCCCCUCCCUGAGCACCAUCACCUCUACCAGCUCCUCUAUCACCAGCUCCAUCCCUGACACAGAACGCCUAGAUGACUUCCACCUGUCCAUCCACAGUGACAUGGCUGCUAUUGUAAAAGCUAUGGCCUCCCCUGAAUCCGGGCUGGAGGUCCGUGACCGCAUGUGGCUCAAGAUUACCAUCCCUAAUGCUUUCAUUGGCUCGGAUGUGGUGGACUGGCUAUACCACAAUGUGGAAGGCUUCACAGACCGGCGGGAGGCCCGCAAGUAUGCCAGCAACCUGCUGAAAGCCGGCUUCAUCCGCCACACUGUCAACAAGAUCACCUUCUCUGAGCAGUGCUACUACAUCUUCGGCGACCUUUGUGGCAACAUGGCCAACCUGUCCCUCCAUGACCACGACGGCUCCAGCGGCGCCUCUGACCAGGACACACUGGCCCCUUUGCCACACCCGGGGGCUGCCCCUUGGCCCAUGGCUUUCCCUUACCAGUACCCGCCACCCCCCCACCCUUACAACCCGCAUCCUGGCUUCCCGGAGCUGGGAUACAGCUACGGCGGGGGCAGUGCCAGCAGCCAGCACAGUGAAGGCAGCCGGAGCAGCGGCUCCAACCGCAGCGGCAGCGACCGCAGGAAAGAGAAGGACCCGAAGGCCGGGGACUCGAAGUCCGGCGGCAGUGGCAGCGAGUCGGACCAUACAACACGCAGCAGCCUGCGGGGGCCGCGGGAGCGGGCUCCCAGCGAGCGCUCGGGCCCGGCAGCCAGCGAGCACAGUCACCGCAGCCACCACUCACUGGCCAGCAGCCUGCGCAGCCACCACACGCACCCGAGCUACGGGCCCCCUGGCGUGCCCCCGCUCUACGGCCCCCCCAUGCUGAUGAUGCCCCCGCCACCCACCGCCAUGGGGCCCCCGGGGGCUCCCCCGGGCCGCGACCUGGCCUCGGUGCCCCCAGAACUGACCGCCAGCAGACAGUCCUUCCGCAUGGCCAUGGGAAACCCCAGUGAGUUCUUCGUGGAUGUGAUGUGAGCUGGGCCCCUCCCUGACUUCCAGUCCACCCUCACCCUGGCCGGCUGCCUCCCUCUCUCCAUCCGUCCAUCUUUUUAACUUUGGUACCUGAAAGGGAAAUAAACGGAACUAAAUCCA